AUUCCGACCUUAGUCGGCGGCGGAAACAACACGUCGAGCACGCAGCCGUUCUGGGCCCAGACGCAAAACAAAUGGCGAAAAUCCACUGUCCUGUACAUGUACGGCAAGAGGCUACAGUACAAAACCCGAGUGAAAGGGGCGCGACAAGGUAGCUGUACCAGGACGUUUUGCCUAUCUCGCUCUCACUGCGGUGUGCAUGGCGCCGAGGGGUUCAAGGCCAGGUCGAACAGGAACUACAGGCAGUUGGUGCUUGACCCAAGUUACCAAGAGACUCAAGUCGACUUAACUUUCUUCGUGACUUACCACACGACCAACCAGCACAACCGGCACAAGCGUCCUCGUUUCCUCUUGAUUGGCCGCCGCCGCCGACGAGCUUCUCCUUCGGGACUAACUUAUCCCACUAUCCGCUUCGGCCGUGCAGGACGACGAUCAGCCAAAUCUUGCUCGCAUCAAUUCAAGCCCAGCCUUGUUCACCAGCUGGCAUCAUCGAAUCGAGACAGCUCCAGACGUCGAAGGGGACACACGUUGGGUCAGAAAUGUCUGCGCUGCUCUUUGGGGGCUCCGCCGACCUCCUGCUUGGGAUAGCCGUGGUCCUAUCCACUUUUUUCACCGUCUUUCUUCUGACUCUUCCAUCCAGAUAUGUCCGCGUCUCCGUCGAGGGGCAUGACCCGAGGGUUAGCCGCCAUGAAGAUGAUGUUCCCGUGACGAUAGUCGUCUUGGGCGAUAUUGGACGAAGCCCCCGCAUGCAGUACCAUGCUCUCAGUGUUGUCCAGGCUGGUGGAAAAGUUCGCUUCGUUGGCUAUGUUGAUUCAGAUCCACAUCCGGACAUAACAAGAUUUGCUGCAUAUGGAAAGAUUGCCAUCACACCUAUCAAACCAUUUCCAAAACUCCUACAGACAAGCAAUAAAUUGCUUUUUCCUAUUCUCGCGCCCUUGAAAGUGCUCUGGCAGACUUUGACUCUGUACCAUGCUCUUGGCUACAGAUCGGAACCGUCGAAAUGGAUGAUCGUGCAGAACCCUCCUUCAAUACCCACACUCGUCGUAGCUCAGAUCAUCUGCUUCCUGCGCAACACCAAGUUGAUCAUCGACUGGCACAACUUCGGAUAUUCCAUCCUCGCUGUGAAACUGGGAAACUUUCACCCACUGGUGAACAUCGCGCAGCAGUAUGAGUUCUUGUUCUCUCGGGCUGCUUCAUAUCAUUUCAGUGUGACUUAUGCUAUGGCUGAUGUCCUGAGAAAGACCAUUGGCAUUACAGCACUGCCCGUGCAUGAUCGGCCACCAAACCACUUCCAGCCCCUCUCCGAACUGCAGCGAAACCAAGUGCUUGAGCGCUUACCUGAGACGGCCCCGUAUGCUGAGCUCAUCAAAAGCGGAACGACAAAGCUCAUCGUCAGCUCCACGUCCUGGACAUGCGAUGAAGACUUCUCUAUCCUUCUCGACGCUCUCGUAGCGUACUCUGCCAGAGCCAUGAAGAAAUCCAGCCUUCCUCGCGUCCUUGCCAUCAUUACAGGAAAAGGUCCCGAAAAGGAUCGCUACGUUUCCAAGAUCGCUCGACUUAAGACCGAGGAUAAGCUCGUCCAUGUGGAUAUAAUGACGGCAUGGCUGAGCAUGGAGGACUAUGCACGCCUCCUCGGAGCAGCCGAUGUUGGCAUCUCUUUGCACAAGUCUUCCUCUGGAGUGGAUUUGCCGAUGAAGGUGGUUGAUAUGUUUGGCACCGGCCUGCCCGUGUUUGGAUUCAAUAAGUUCCAGGCUUGGCCGGAGCUUGUGAAAGAAGACGUCAACGGCAAAGGCUUUGCCAGCGCUGGUGGUCUUUCUGAACUGCUGGUCGAAUACUUAAGCAACAAAGAUAAGCUUCAGAAACUUCGGGAAGGUGCCAUGAGAGAGACAAGGCGGAGAUGGCAAGAUGAAUGGAAGCCUAUUGCUGGAAGACUACUGGGCUUUGAUCCUGAUCGUCCUGAUGCAUUUCCUUAAAUUGGGACUGCGAGGGUAGGUUUCCCACAAAGCAAGCUACAGGAAAAAACUAUGUUGUUUUUAGUGACAAAUACAACAUUGGAAGAGCAUUCAGCGCUCUCCUCUUACGCUGAAGAAGAGUCACUAAGCUCCCAUAUGGUGCUGGGAAUGGACCAGGAAGGACUUGAUAGUUGGAUCUCAGUGAAACGAAGAUGGAGGAAGUUAAAGACAUACGAAAAUAAAAUCUCAAAGGGAAUUAGUUGUUUGGCAAAAUGCAGGCCUAGAAAGCAUUCUAACUGGUUAAAUUGUGCGUAGCACUCCUGGUAUAGAUAUGCAGCGCUGAUCACUGCAUAACCAAAUCAAUAGAUGAUUUACAGACACUAUCUAGAUCGCAGGAUAGACUCGACUUACAUUUUCACGUUGUCAAUAUUUCAUGUAAUAAGGGUAUCGAAUAAGAGAAUGCCAC